CCACAUGUGACUUUAAAGCAGACGAAAUUUCCUAACCUCAAAAACCGUUUUAACACAGAAAUCAAAGUUAAAUAAUAAAUAGUGUAAAUAGUUUUCAAUUAUUAAUAGAAAAAUACAAAUUAUUGAAUAAUUAAUAUACACAUAUUAUACAAAAAUGUCUGUUCAACUAACUGGUAAUGUAGGAUCUGAAGAAAUAAAAACGUUUCGAGAAUUUCUGAUGAAUUACAAUAAACUGUCAGAAAUUUGUUUCACUGAUUGCGUGAGUGAUUUUACAAGUCGUGAUAUUAAAAAGAAAGAAGAAAAAUGUGCUCUAAAUUGUAUGGAAAAAUUCUUAAAAAUGAAUCAAAGAAUUUCUCAAAGAUUUCAAGAAUUUCAAAUGCUUGCUAAUGAAAAUAUAUUGGCAGCCGAAAAAAAAUUGUCUCAAAAUAAAUAAAAUUCUCAUAUAUUUUAAGUUAAUUGCAGGUAAUAUGUAAAGGCUGAUGUAAAAAUGUAUAUUAAAAACUUUGAUUUUAUAUUUUCUUCCA